AUGUCCUGCCAGCAGAACCAGCAGCAGUGCCAACCCCCUCCCAAGUGUCCCCCCAAAUGCCAGACCCCAAAGUGCCCUCCCAAAUGUCCCCCUAAAUGUCCUCCCAAGUGUCCCCCUGUGUCUUCUUGCUGUAGCCUGGGUUCUGGGGGUUGCUGCGGCUCCAGCUCUGGGGGCUGCUGCAGCUCUGGGGGUGGUGGCUGCUGCCUGAGCCACCACAGACCUCGCAGAUCUCUCCGUCGCCAUCGUCACAGCUCUGGAUGCUGUAGCAGUGGUGGCAGCAGUGGCUGCUGUGGCAGCAGUGGUGGCAGCAGUGGCUGCUGUGGCAGCAGUGGUGGCAGUGGUGGCUGCUGUGGCAGUAGUGGUGGCAGCGGUGGCUGCUGUGGGAGCAGCUGUGGCAGCAGCAGUCAGCAGUCUGGAGGCUGCUGCUGA